CCGCCGGAGAGACUCAGAGGCGAGAACUCCCGUUCGCGUUGUAACGACGACGUUGUAAGAUCUGCGUUUAACCUAAGGAGAGAAAAGAAAGGAGCUGCCUCUGCUAGAAAAAAAAUAAGAAUAACUCAAAUAUAAAAUGCGGUUCCUGCUGAUUUUAUUGAGCAUCUUGAGCGUCAGUACAGCGUGGCGAAGUUUCUUGAGAGGUCGAUUGAAAGGUGGCAAUUUAGGAGAGCCAGUUUUGUUCUCCAAUACAACAUCGCUGCCCGAGGAGAACUGGUUUAACCAGCGUCUGGAUCAUUUCAAUCCGGCCGAUGCUCGUGUCUGGAAACAGAGAUACUUCGUGAAUUCCGACUUUUACAAACCCAACGGCCCGAUAUUUUUACUGAUCGGCGCUGAAGGCAUAGCAAAUGCAAAAUGGAUGAUAGAGGGCCAAUGGAUCGAAUACGCCAAAGAACUCGGAGCGAUGUGUUUUUAUCUGGAGCACCGUUUCUAUGGAAAAAGCCACCCGACUAUGGAUCUCAGCGUGAAGAACUUGAUGUACCUGAGCUCGGACAAUGCACUAGCGGAUUUAGCGUACUUCAUCAACGCUGUUAAUAUCGGCUACAAGUUUCCAAAAGAUACAAAAUGGAUUGUAUUCGGGGGAUCGUACGGUGGAUCUUUGGCCGCCUGGAUGCGCCUCAAGUAUCCUCACUUGGUACAUGGAGCUGUGUCCUCUAGUGGACCGCUGCUAGCGCAGAUCGACUUUGAUGAAUAUUAUAUCGUUGUUGUAAACGCCUUGAAAGAGUAUUCUGACAAGUGUGUUGGCGUGAUACAAGAUGCCAUCUCGCAAAUUAACACAUUGUUACACCAUACGGUUGGUCAGCAGCAAAUACAGAAGAAAUUCAAAUUAUGCGACCCAAUUGAUCCUGGGCAUACAAAGAGAGUGGAUAUCUCCAACUUGUAUGAAACAUUGGCGAGUAACUUUGCUGGCGUUGUACAAUACAAUAAAGACAAUCGCCAGAGCUCGCAGACCGCUAAUAUCACUAUCGAGACCAUAUGUGAUGUACUGGUAGACGAGAAAAUAGGAAAGCCUAUCGAUAGACUUGCCUCUGUAAGCAAUAUGAUAUUGGAUGCUACCAAGGAGAAGUGUUUAGAUUAUAGAUAUGACAAAAUGAUUCACGAGCUUCGCAAUGUCACUUGGGCUAGCGAGCAAGCGGAAGGAGGACGUCAAUGGAUGUACCAGACUUGUACAGAGUUUGGAUUCUUCCAAACCUCCACUGGACAGUCCAAUGUGUUCGGGAAUAAUUUCCCGGUGGAUUUCUUUGUACAGCAAUGCGUCGAUAUUUUCGGGCCUAGAUACGACAUGAACGUAUUGAAAACCGCUGCCGCACAAACGAAUCUCGUGUAUGGUGCAUUAGACCUGCAAGUGACAAACGUAGUAUUUGUACAUGGUUCUGUCGAUCCGUGGCAUGUGUUGGGUUUGGUACAGUCUUCCAAUCCACGGGCGCCUGCUAUCUAUAUCAAAGGCACUGCACAUUGCGCCAACAUGUAUCCUCCAUCAGAACGUGAUAUGCCUCAGCUAAAGGAAGCUAGAGUGCAGAUAAAGGGUAUAAUCCAGCAAUGGCUACAAAAUUGAGCUCUCUGUGUGAUAUUAUACAAGUAAAUCAUGCGAUCAAUAUCUAGACUGUUAAAAAAUGCUAAUUUUUAAGUCGUUCCAAACAAUUAUUAAUAUUCCAAAUAUCUUAAGUUUAUAUUUUGUGUAGUAUCUUUUUUAUUACUCUUUUCUGCAGGAUAAAAGAACACCUGUACUUAUGCAUAUUAUAUAUAUAUAUAUAUUCAUUAUAAACAUGUUUAUUCUAAUUUCAUAUAAAUGUUAAAUUAAGUCUAGUGAUCCUUACAUAGGUGAUUUACGAAUGCUAGUAUCUGUUAUCAUGUACCAUGUUUGAGUGACAAAAUUGCUUCUUCAGUAAAUCAAACAAGUUUGCCCCAAAUGGCACUAUUGUAAUUUAUUACGAUAAAUAAAAUCACGGAAAC